CCUGGUUUGAACGUGGCCAUCGUUCGUCCAAUGAUACGAGUCCACAUGAGACGCAGGGAAGAGGGCAGCAGCGAGGCGCUUUGAUAAAACCAGACGACCAGGAUGCGUGGAGUCACAGAGAGCUGCGCCACGGCGAGGAACGGCACGGCACGGCACGGCACGGCACGGCAGCACGACUGGACCGGACUGUGUGAAUACAGUUCUCAACACACUACUGCAGACACUUUCCCACCAUUGUCGGAGAUAAGAGGACGCUUAGGGUAAUCGCCGUCCAGACAGGAAAGAGGAAUUUGGCUUAUUCCAACAUUUUCUCCGUAAUUCGCGUGAAGAAAAUCUUAACGGGGCCAGGAGACACGUAAACCUGCGGUCAGUAGCUGUCGAUAGCUAUCCGAGCGUAGAUGCACAGCUCUCAGCUGGCAAACUCCUCAUUCCUCUGAAAGUAUCGACAGUUGCAAAGAGCCGGAAGGUACAUAGAGCAGUGUUUUGGGGAGAGCUGUGUGGGAAGGAGCCGUCGAUCUACCAUGGAGAACGCUCACACGAAAAGUGUGGAAGAAGUUUACAGUUAUUUUUGCGUCAAUGAAAGCACAGGACUUUCCCUGGACGAGGUGAAACGACAGAAAGAGAAAUGGGGCCUAAACGAGUUACCAGCUGAAGAAGGGAAAUCUUUAUGGGAGCUUGUCCUUGAACAGUUUGAAGAUUUGCUUGUUCGAAUUCUUCUUCUGGCCGCAUGUAUAUCUUUUGUGCUGGCCUGGUUUGAGGAGGGAGAAGAGACUAUCACAGCCUUUGUGGAGCCCUUUGUAAUCUUACUUAUUCUCAUAGCCAAUGCCAUCGUCGGAGUGUGGCAGGAGCGCAAUGCUGAGGAUGCCAUUGAGGCUCUUAAGGAGUAUGAGCCUGAGAUGGGGAAAGUGUACCGACAGGACCGAAAAACUGUGCAGAGGAUCAAGGCCAGAGACAUUGUGCCUGGUGACAUCGUGGAAAUUGCUGUUGGAGACAAGGUACCUGCUGACAUUCGUAUCUGUUCAAUAAAAUCAACAACUCUGAGGGUGGACCAGUCCAUUCUGACUGGUGAGUCUGUCUCGGUCAUCAAACACACUGACCCUGUGCCCGACCCACGUGCUGUGAAUCAGGACAAGAAGAACAUGCUUUUCUCCGGUACCAACAUUGCAGCUGGGAAGGCUGUAGGUGUGGUUGUUGCCACCGGUGUUAACACAGAGAUCGGCAAGAUCCGUGACGAGAUGGUGGCCACUGAUCAGGAGAGGACACCCUUGCAGCAGAAGUUGGAUGAGUUUGGCCAGCAGCUGUCCAAGGUCAUCUCCGUCAUCUGCAUCGCCGUCUGGAUCAUCAACAUUGGACACUUCAAUGACCCCGUCCAUGGAGGCUCCUGGAUUCGUGGGGCCGUCUAUUACUUCAAGAUCGCUGUGGCGCUGGCCGUGGCUGCCAUCCCCGAGGGUCUUCCUGCUGUCAUCACUACCUGCCUGGCCCUGGGCACUCGCCGCAUGGCCAAGAAGAACGCCAUCGUCCGCAGCCUACCUUCUGUCGAAACCCUGGGCUGCACCUCUGUCAUCUGCUCUGACAAGACAGGAACUCUGACCACUAACCAGAUGUCUGUUUGCAGAAUGUUCAUUAUCACCAAGGCUGAAAGUGACAGCUGCUCUCUGACAGAGUUCACCGUGACAGGUUCGACUUAUGCACCUGAGGGAGAAGUGUACCAGGAUGGUAGACCAGUGAGAUGCUCCCAGUAUGAUUCCCUGAUUGAAAUGGCCACCAUCUGUGCACUGUGUAAUGACUCCUCCCUGGACUUCAAUGAGGUGAAGGGUGUGUAUGAGAAGGUGGGUGAGUCCACAGAGACCGCGCUGACCUGUCUGGUGGAGAAGAUGAAUGUCUUCGACACUGAAGUUCACAACCUGUCCAAGAUUGAGCGAGCUAACUCCUGCAACUCCGUGAUCAAGCAGCUGAUGAGGAAGGAGUUCACUCUAGAGUUCUCCAGAGACAGGAAGUCCAUGUCUGUCUACUGCACCCCCAACAAGUCCCGGUCUUCCAUGGGCAAGAUGUUUGUCAAGGGGGCCCCAGAGGGAGUCCUAGAUAGAUGCACUCAUGUCAGAGUUGGCAACAGCAAAGUUCCCCUCAGCAAAGGUAUCAAGGAAAAGAUUUUGUCUAUGAUCCGCGAGUAUGGGACAGGUCGUGACACUCUAAGGUGCCUAGCUUUGGCCACACGAGAUAACCCGCCCAAAAUGGAAGAUAUGGUACUGUCUGACAUCACCAGGUUCUUGGAUUACGAGUCCGACCUGACUUUCGUCGGCUGUGUCGGCAUGCUGGACCCUCCCAGGCAGGAGGUGGCUGCUUCCAUCGAGCUGUGCCGUCAGGCUGGGAUCCGCGUCAUCAUGAUCACCGGGGACAACAAGGGCACAGCUGUGGCUAUCUGCCACCGCAUUGGCAUCCUGACCGAGGAGGAUGAUGUGGAACACAUGGCCUUCACUGGACGAGAAUUUGAUGAGCUCUCACUCCAAGACCAACGUGAGGCUGUGACUCAUGCUCGCUGUUUUGCUCGUGUCGAGCCUUCCCACAAGUCCAAGAUUGUCGAGUUCCUGCAAGGAUGUGACGAGAUCACUGCUAUGACAGGUGAUGGGGUGAACGAUGCCCCUGCCUUGAAGAAGGCAGAGAUUGGCAUCGCCAUGGGCUCUGGCACUGCCGUGGCCAAGUCAGCCUCGGAAAUGGUCCUCGCCGAUGACAACUUCUCUUCUAUUGUGGCCGCUGUGGAAGAAGGCAGAGCUAUUUACAAUAACAUGAAGCAGUUCAUCAGAUACCUUAUCUCUUCCAAUGUGGGAGAGGUCGUUUGCAUCUUUCUUACUGCUGCACUGGGUUUCCCCGAGGCUCUGAUCCCAGUUCAGCUGCUCUGGGUCAACCUGGUGACAGAUGGUCUGCCUGCCACCGCCCUCGGCUUCAACCCCCCAGAUCUGGACAUCAUGGAGAGGCCUCCCCGCAACGCCAAGGAGCCGCUCAUCUCUGGCUGGCUCUUCUUCAGAUACUUAGCUAUAGGAGGGUAUGUGGGUGCAGCCACCGUGGGAGCUGCUGCCUGGUGGUUUAUAAUCGCUGACGAUGGACCUCAGGUUACUCUGUACCAGCUGAGCCACUUCCUCCAGUGCAACCCAGACAACCCAGAGUUUGAGGGCUUGGACUGCACCGUGUUUGAGUCGCCCUACCCCAUGACCAUGGCCCUGUCUGUGCUCGUCACCAUUGAGAUGUGCAACGCUCUGAACAGUCUGUCAGAGAACCAGUCCCUGCUGCGGAUGCCUCCCUGGGAGAACAUUUGGCUGGUGGGAGCCAUCUGCCUCUCCAUGUCCCUCCACUUUCUCAUCCUCUAUGUGGAACCUCUGCCUGUCAUCUUCCAGAUCACCCCUCUGGAUGUGACCCAGUGGUUGAUGGUGCUGAAGUUCUCUGUGCCUGUCAUCCUGCUGGACGAGCUGCUCAAGUUUUUAGCCAGGAACUACUUGGAAUUUGGUAAACAGCUGGAGAAGCCAGCCAGAAAAGGCGGCUCUCUGUCUGCAUGUGUCAAGGGCAUCUCCUGGCCCUUCGUCGCCAUCUCCCUGUCCCUGGUGCUGUGGAUCUACAGUGCCGACACUAAUGUGCCCGCCAUGCUGUGGCCCUGACUGACUCCAGUACACUACGCUCCUCGUGCACCAGUGUGAAUUGGACAUUAACGUACACGUCUAACACACUCCCAUUAACUCGGAACAACUUACACUUGCACCUGCUCUGACAGUGCAUGUGCUGUCAGACCUUUUGUAUUUAAGACAUAUUUUACAUUUACAUAUUUUUGGGUGGGUGGGGUUUAGUCAUAUUUUAAUGACUCUGACAUUAGGUCCAUGUGUUUUAUUCUUACCAUCAGUCUUUUGUCUUUUGUUCCCCUGAUUUGAACAGUUAGAGAUGCUGUCCAUGUCUGAGCUGUACAGAGAAUUUACACUAUUUUAUAAUAAUUAAUAUUUUGUCAUUUUUAGGAAGGGGUUUGGGUACAAGCUUGCUGGCUGUGAAAAGGAUGUAACUGUGAGGACUGUGUAGUAAUAAUGUGGGCACAGCCUUGAGUAUAUUUGCCCCGGCAUGAAUCUCUGUAGUCCUUUUUUGAGCCCCAUGCAUCUCGUUCUGUCGUUAUUUUCUGCAUUAGGCAGAGUACAGCUACCUCGGUGCUGUUAUGUCACCAUUACUACCAACCAGUCUUAAAAACCAUUUCACACAUUACCAUUUGAAGUGUUGAGGUAAGCACUGAUUUAUUUUGCAGUAGAGACAAAGCCCAUUUAAAUGCUUUUAAACAUAUUUCUGUAAUUUGAGGGAAGAGAAGACAAAGACGUUACCAGUUUGAUUCAGAGUAAUUUUUGAUACAGCUUGUCAUUCAGUUUGUUUACUUGAAGAACACAUUUGUCAUGAUUGUCAUGAUUCUGCUUUUUAAGUUCAAUUUUUGAGCUUCAGUCUCAACUUUAAGUCUUAGUAUUGCAUCCUAAUUACAGUCACCUUUACAAUGUAUGUAAAAUGUGCACAUACUGUACUUGAACAUGUAAAAAAGGCACCAGGAAGCUCUUAGCAAUGUGGAAGGUUUAAUGAGAACUGAGACCUCUGAAAGGCUGAUACUACCAUCGCUGGACGAGGCUGUAUAUCUGUACAUAGCACACACUGUACAAUCUGUGUGUAGAUUUACUUGUCGAUGUUGUCAAAAUGCUCCACACCUCACCAGUUCACCUACGCAUGGUCUUAGCCUGUCUGCAUGCCUGCUCCACUGUUACCAGGCCAGUGAGUGCUCUACUUUUUGUUUGUUUGUUUCUUUUAAAAACUAACUGUUGUUUCUUGUAACACUUUCCACCUGUUCACCUGCAGAGUGAGUCCACUUCAACCUGCAUGCCAACUCCUAGUGCUGCACCAUCUCCGUGGUUGCACACACAGCGCUGCAGUCUGUCAUAUGAAAAUGACAGCAAUAACAGCUCCUCAUAUUUUUGGUAGAACUGGCAGUUUAUGGUACAAAAGAGGAGAGAAUUAUUGUGUUUGAGAGUUUGUUUCAAGAUGCCUUCAGUGUCACCAAGUGCCAGGUACACGCUGAGAAGAACUAGGAGCCUUUUGCAUUUUGAGCUGGCACAGUGUCACUGGUGACAGUUAUUCCUGGCGGCAUGUUCCAGCAACUGACAGAGACACUGACAUUUAAGCGUUCCCACACCAUUACAGGACAUGGUGUUCCACUUUUCUUCAGUUGGAUUUGUCAUUGUCCUAAUCUGCUUGUCCAUAGCAUGGCCUUUAUUUCUCAGUUCAUGAAUGUAAAUUGCUGCUCAGAUGCUUUGAUUUUGAUGCAUUAAUUUGAUUCUUCCUCUCUUUUUUUUGCAGCAAAGGCCAAGUAAGCCCAAUGCUACUCUAAAUUCCUUGCUGAAACUUUGGUUUUGUUUUGUGUUGUGCAUGUGUGUUUUGGGCAGCACAUCUUAAAGAAGCUGCAUGUCAGAUAUGUAAUAUGAGGACAGGGGCUCGUAAAGUUCAUUCAUCAUUUUUGUAGGACAGCCAUAAAUAAAUGUCUGAUGAAAACUAGCCAGUCCCAUCUCAUCAGUCCUCCCACCCCCCUGCAUGAAGAGCCUUAGGUUAUUAAAUAAUUCUUAUAUCAUAUUUUUAGAAUAAGAUUGUAAUACUGUGUACAGUAAAUUGUACAUUACUCUAUGGUGCAUGUCCUCUAAAUCAGCCAUCUGUUUUACCAGACUUGUGUAAUAGAAUAUGUAUAGUAUUAGUAAAUAGAAUAGACAUUCGUCAGAUAGUACAAAUGUUAAAUAAGCUCAAAAACACAGUUCAUCUUUCCUAAGGAAAUACUCUUAUGGGAUAUUUAAUAUCCAAACAGACUGUCUUUUUUUUUUUUUUUUUUUUUUUGCUUUGCACUGAGACGUGCAACACGUUUGGAGCAGAUUUUGCCAUAUCUGGAUGUCGGACGUGCAGCAAUGCAGUGAUCCAUACGUUUAACCGUGAGAAUGGUGGGCAGUCACUCCGCUGGCAUUUUUUGCCAAACUGCUGUACUGUAUUUUCAGAGAUGAUUGUACAAUGUAUCACAUGAACUUUGGUUUCAGGUAAAUAAAAGUGUCAUACAUUGAAGUUACUGAUUGUGUUUCCUGAUGUCAUUAAAACAAUACUGAAUGUAAUGUCUACCACUAAGAGAUUCUGGACAGCUCCAUUCAUAUCAAGUGAAUGUUUAAUAAGUUUAUUAUACAUUGUAUUUAAAAAAAUAUGUACAAAACACUAUCCAGUCCUGAACUGCUUAAAUAACAUUUCAUAACUCAAUCAUGGGAUUAUUUUUUCCCAUCAGAAAGGCAGACUUGGACAACACACACAAAAAUAUGCACGGUCAUGACACAAAACAUCAGAGAGGGACAGAAUCAAAUGAAGAUACCAUUUUAAAAAGCAUCAGAAAUAUGGUACAUCGUCUCCUUUUCACAGACUUCCUGUUUUCCUGUCAGAGACAAAUAGUCUGGGCAUAUACAUGAUCUUUUACCAUAAUACUUUGACAUCCACACUUUGUUUCUUCAGUGGCAAACCUGUGUCAGUGAGGCAAAAA